AGUAGUAUCUGCGUUGAAGGAAAGCUGCUCUCCCACACUGGCUGCUAUGACCUAGCUACCGGAGGACACUUUCUGCUCUCAGGACUGACCGCUGCGUCUCAGAUAGUUUGUUGUAGCGUUUUUUUGGCAACCAUUCCUUCAACAUACAGUCGUUUAUGGUUGCAUUGCUGCGACUUUUUAAUCGUAGCUGCUAGCCUCUGGGGCUAGCAGAGCAGUGACAGUGAGGAACCAGCUGGUCAGGAGUACAGUAACGUUAGCAACAAGCUAAUUAGCCUGGAUUACUGUCUUUAAUCACAGAGAGUGUGCGUGUUUACUCACUGCGGCAAAAUGAAGAUAACUGUGGAAUUCGAGGAAUGUCUGAAGGACUCCCCACGGUUCAGAGCGACCAUAGAGGAAGUGGAGGGGGAUGUGUGUGAGUUGGAAUCCAAGCUCGACAAAUUGGUGAAGUUGUGCAUUGGGAUGAUUGACGCUGGAAAAGCCUACAAUGCAGCCAACAGGCAGUUUGUCAACGGGAUCCGGGAGCUAGCCCAGCAGUCCAACAAAGAUGAGGUCAUAGAGUCGAGUCUCACAAAGUUUGCUGAAAGCCUGCAGGAGAUGAUCAACUAUCACACGAUAUUAUUCGAUCAGGCCCAGAGAUCAAUCAAGAUCCAGCUUCAGACAUUUAUCAAAGAUGACCUACGUAAAUUUAAAGAAGCCAAGAAGCAAUUCGAUAAAGUGAGCGAGGAAAAGGAGGCGGCGCUGAUCAAGAACGCUCAGGCUCCCCGCAACAAGCAGCAUGAGGUGGAGGAGGCCACCAACAUCCUCACCGCCACGCGCAAGUGCUUCCGACACAUCGUCCUCGACUACGUCUUACAGAUCAACGUGCUACAAUCAAAAAGAAGAUCAGAAAUCCUGAAAUCAAUGUUGUCCUUUAUGUAUGCCCACCUGACGUUCUUCCAUCAAGGAUAUGACCUCUUUAGUGAACUACAACCUCUGAUGAAACAGCUUGGAGGACAGUUGGACCUGCUGGUGGUGGAUGCUGCCAAAGAGAAGAGGGACAUGGAGCAGAAACACUCCACCAUCCAGCAAAAGGCUGCUAUUCAGGACUUCUCGAAUGACGACACCAAACUGGAGUACAAUGUGGAUGCAGAAAACGGCAUCGCAAUGGAGGGCUAUCUGUUUAAGAGGGCCAGCAAUGCCUUUAAGACGUGGAAUAGGCGUUGGUUCUCCAUCCAGAACAAUCAGCUAGUUUACCAGAAGAAAUUUAAGGACAACCCCACAGUGGUGGUAGAAGACCUGAGGCUCUGCACCGUCAAACACUGUGAGGACGUGGAGCGGCGCUUCUGUUUCGAAGUGGUGUCGCCCACCAAGAGCUGUAUGAUGCAGGCAGACUCGGAGAAGCUGCGUCAGGCCUGGAUCAAAGCCGUCCAGAACAGCAUCGCCACCGCCUUCCGUGACAAGGGAGACGAAGGCGAGAAGCUGGACAGGAAGUCUUCCACGUCAACAGGAAGCCUGGACUCUGGUGGGGAGCCGAAGGAGAGACCACUGAAAGGAGAGAGCGCCCUGCAGAAGGUCCUGGUGAUCCCAGGGAACACCUGCUGUUGCGACUGCGGCCAGCCGGACCCCCGCUGGGCCAGCAUCAACCUGGGCAUCACCCUCUGCAUCCAGUGCUCCGGUAUCCACAGGAGUCUGGGAGUGCAUUUCUCUAAGGUGCGAUCUCUGACUUUGGAUUCAUGGGAGCCAGAACUUCUAAAGUUGAUGUGUGAACUGGGAAACGGAGCGAUCAAUCAGAUCUAUGAGGCUCGACGAGAGGAGCUGGCAGCCAGGAAACCCCAGCCCGGAGAUCCAAGGCACGAGGUCGAGGCCUACAUCAAAGCCAAAUACGUGGACCGCCGGUUUGUUCGCCUGCCGUCGGACGAGGAGCUUCGCAACAAAGUGGUUUCUCUGAGCAAACAGGAGAAGAGGCUGAGCAGCAGCUCUGAGCAUCUGCCCCCGAGACCACCACCCCCCACCCCAAAACUGAGAGCCGGUCAAGCAGCUGUUGCCCGCGGCUCGGAGGCCCGCCGCGACUCUCUCUUCUGUGCUGACGAGCUUCACUCGCUCUUCUCCUACUUUGACAACUCUGCCAAGCUCAGGAGCAUAAAAAGUGCAGACAGCGGCAUCCAGAACAGCGCUGAUGGGAGCCGAGAGAUGCUGGCCAACACCCCGUCCAAUAACAGCCUGACAGACGCAGACGCUGCAGAGCCUCCGGCCAUGGCCAUGCCUGCCACCCUGCCCCCCCCCUCCCCCUCUAAGGAGAUGGUGUUCUACGAGCCGAAGGAGUACAGCUCCGGUCUGCAGCUCUACUGGGCCGCCUGCGCCCGCUCUCUGCCCGACAUGUCGGAGGCUCUGGCCCACGGAGCCGAGGUCAACUGGGUCAACACGGAGGAAGACAAGAGGACGCCGCUCAUCAUGGCCGUGCACGGGGGUUCGCUGGUCACCUGUGAGUUCCUGCUCCAGAAUGCAGGUAACGUGAACCAGCAGGACGCUCAGGGCCGAGCCCCGCUGCACCACGCCACCCUGCUGGGACACACAGGGCAAGUGUGUUUAUUCUUAAAAAGAGGAGCAAAUCAAAAUGCUGCGGACAUUGAUGAGAAAACUCCCCUGACCAUAGCGGUGGAAGCGGCCAACGCAGACAUCGUCACACUGUUGCGACUGGCCAAGAUGAACGAGGAGAUGCGAGAAGCGGAGGGGCCCUACAGCCAGUCAGGAGAUGCAACCUACCAAGACAUUUUCCAGGAUUUCACCCACAUGGCUUCCAACGAUCCGGACAAGCUAAACCGCUACCAGCAGUACGACCCACAAAAACCCUGACACGGCAGAAGCUCCGUCCACUAGCACUCAGAGACCGUGUGCUAAACCCCAGAGAGACUUGAGGAGGUCAGGACCCCCCCCCCGACAACCUCGGUCAGCGUUAGAGCCGGUCCGUGCUGCCACAGCUGGACUCCAGUCACAUGUCGUCAAUCGUGAACAGCAAACCUCACUUUUUCUUCUUUUUUUGAAACUGUGCUGUCCAGUACUUUUAUUACUGAAUGGUACAGUGUUGAAGCCUUUUGAAAGGAUUUGCAAGGUCGUAACAAAUCAAAGUGAUAAUUGAACUGAAUGCAGAGCUGCCAUUACGGCUGUCAGUUAUUUCCAUCUUUUAUAUCACUGACAAGAGGUUUCCAAAGGCAUCCGAGUUGUAAAGAGGUGACCCACUUUGAAAUGCUCCAUUUAUAUUUUAAGUGCUUCCUCUUCUUAAUAGGAUUUGUUUGAUGAUAGUAAGCAUCCUUUUCAUAUCAAAGCGUUGCUUCAGUGAACUCUCAGCAGCGUAUCUAUGCUUAUGCACGAAUCCCUGUAUGAAAUCGCCACUGGUGUUUACCAGUUUUGAUGGUAAGACUUUGACAUGUUAAACAAUGUACAGUGAUUAUUCAAGUAAACAUGUUUUUAAUGCCUGCAAUUUUAAAUAUAUAUUAGUUUUUUUACUUUUAAAUGCUAGAUCUCUUUCCUCUGGAUGAUUUGAAUUUCUCAUGUCCCCACGUCAGAGAGGUAAUCAGCCCUGAAGUGUCCUGAUUCACGUCGGUUAAAAAUAGCUCGUUGAGAUGAUGGUAAUUUGUAGAUUCAGUCUCUUCUGAUUUUUGCUGAUUUUCAAAAGUUAAGAUGUAGUUGUAAAAUCAAAGUGCUCUACAAUAGUCUGAAUGUAUAGAUUAUAUUGCAGCUAUUGUAUACCAGUUGAUUUGCCAGGACUGUCAUUUGGUGGUAAUUAUGGAAAAAUAGGAUUUUCCCUGAAAGAAGAACCCAAGUUAAUGCUCGGUUUAAUAUGGAAACGUAGGUAAAACGCAGCGGCUUCAUACUACACAAAGCCACCGGGGAAUCUCUUUAGAGUGCAGGAGCUCACGCUAUCAAAAUAACAUCAUACAACUAUAGAAAAUACUGAAAAGAUAGAUAAUAACUGACUAUAAAUGCUGAAAGAUUCUGAGCAUAAAUGACGUAAAAAUGUGAGUUUAAUUUCAUAAACUAAGUUUUCCAUUUAAUGUUCAGGUUCAUCUGACCUGCUGUGCACUUAUGAAGACCUCUUGUUAUGCAGGAAGAAGAUUGAAAUGAAUUUAUUGGACAAUUAAACACUGUCUCUGUUUCCCUAUAAUGCCAGCUACUAACCUUUCAAGUGAACGUCAAAGGAAGUUCAUUUGGAAACUAUAGAGCUGAACACUUUUUGACAGUCUGUGAAACGUCCAGUAAUAUACGCACACACAAGAUGGAUGACCUGUAGUUGUAGAGUCGCUGUCAUUUCAUGUGAUGAGUUGUUCAAAAGCACUUAACAAAUGUUUGAUUGAGUUCAGACAUCAGACGACUGCACUGAAAUUCUCCAAUCCAGAAAUGAAUCCUGCAAAUUCCCCGAUGGACGUCAUGUGUGCUGUAGGGUUUGUGUGUUUCCUCUAAAACUGUACAGUCCUCUCUUCUUUGACAUGAAUAGUGUUUAGUGAAAUACGAUUUUCUUUUAGCAUGCAGCAUGGGAUACAAUUCUUGUACAUUUUGUACAGAUGCUUUUGAAUUCUCUAGAGAACUGAAGUAUAAAGGUAGAGGUACUUGAAUCAUUAAAUACGCUUUUGUAAAUGCGGUUCUUUGUAUUUAGCCACUUUUAUAUUGCCUGUGUGUGUACCAGUAUACAUCAUGUACUGUAUAUUCUACCUGUAAUAUGUAAGAACUUCAAUACAAAUGGACAGAAUUCA